UUAACCAAGUUUAUUCUAUCUAUCUAUCUAUCUAUCUAUCUAUAUGAUUUGACAGCUUUUGAGAACAUUUAACAACACGUCAAAUUUGUUCUGACAGUGUUUAUGGGUUAAAAUCAAACAACAUUUUGUGAAACUUCAAGGUAAUAUGAAAAAUAAAAUUUACAAAUUAUUUUAACUUUGAAAUGUAUUAAUUAAUGUAUUUAUUUACUUACUUGCUUGCUUACAUAUAGCCUAUGGCAAGUGCAUUUCCUUAGCCUACACUUUCUAAAAUCACCAGGAAGUUCCAUUCAUUUGAUUACUCGCGCUAUAGCCAAUGCAGACAGUUUGGCAUGUCAUUUUGGUUUUGGGCACAGCCCAAAAAUAUGACCUAACAACAACUUUAAGUGACGGCAGUUUUAUAGCAGUUUGAUAGCAGUUCGCUGUACCAGUCUCCUUAAGGGUGCGCUUUUGACAAAAACCACAUGAUUAUCUUUGAGCGAUGACAGAGACCUGGUUUGGUGCUUUGCUGCUUAGCGUGACAAGUGUUACAUCAGUACAAGCUGAUGAAUGCAUAGUGGGAGUGAUUGGGGAGCGUGCUCUCCUUCCAUGUGUUUAUACUGGGGUAAAAAAUUUGACCUCCUUCCACAUCUCAUCUGAAUGGAGAAGAGGAAUGGAAACAGUGCACACUGCAGUCUGGAUAGAGGGACAAGUGGAUGAUCAAAAUGUAUCCAACAGUAUCCGGACUACAGUGUCAUCUUUAGCCCCAAAAACUGGAGAUUUCUCCAUGGAGUUACACGACAUACAUUUAUCAGAUACACAUAAUUACAGUUUUCAUCUUAAGCUUCAUGGUGAAAAAAGUUGCUCUCUUUGCACUGUCUGUCUCACCGUCGCAGGUCAUUUCAGCCAUCCUACUUUAUUGAGAGAGAAUGGAGUGGAUGGUGGCAAAUCCAGACUGUUUUGCAACUCUAGAGGAGGAUUUCCUGCUCCAUCCAUCUACUGGCUUGUCAACCACACACAGCGUCCUCCAGAAACAUUAGUCACAACUUUAAUAAAUACUCUACCACAGUCUCAACUCUACAACAUCACAAGUAUCCUAUCCAUCAACAUAUCAGCAGAUGCUGCUGUAACCUGUGUCAUAAAAAACAACCUGCUGAAUGAAACUUUAACAGCAACGAACUUUUUGUGUGUGAUCAGUUGGCGUUCGGUCAAGUACAUCGGUGGUACGGCUGUCAGAGCACAUGUGGGCAUUCAGUGCUGCUCUCUGUGUGGUUGUAUUCUUGCUGGUGGCUGCGUCUCUGGGUUUCCAGAGUAAAUGGGAUCAAGAUAGAAAAAGAAAGCAACACAAAUGUGGAGAUGAUUCAUCUAGCGAGGGCACUGGCAUGAUUGUGUUCGAUUUGGAGCAAUGGGCUUCCCUUCCAGAGACGGAUGUGUAACAUGGUUUGGAAAGGCAUUCUAGGUUGAUACCAUUAACUUCUGCAAUGCUUAUUCACACUGGAAAUGAUUCAGAGUUUCACUUCAUAAUCUGAUUCAGUGGAUGAAUCACCUUGAGAUGGUACAAACUUCAUUCAAGGCCAUUGGUUUAUGCUUUUCUUUCAUUGAAUAUCCUCUUUUUUCCAUACAAACAGCUAAACAAAAGGCCUUCAACAAAGUACAAUAGAAUAAAACAGGUCAAACAAAGAAUAUUAAUUUAUCUGUAUUCAAUAUACAGCUCAAACACUUUAUAAUUAAGUAUCUAGACAUGAUACACAUACAUUCUUGCUGUACCAUUAUAAGAUAUUUGGAUGAAACAUUACAUUUUCAGAUUAUUACAAAUAUCUAUAACAUGCUAUGUUGUUGGGAAAGAGCUCAAAACAACUUUAAUAACUUUACCUGUUUUUUCCAAAAUGGUUAGACAGGCUUGAGCAGAAAUGCAGAUGAGUUACUAUAUUAGUCAUAUGUUCCACUGUCAUGUUAUUCUCGCUGUUAUCUGUUAUGGGGUGCUGUUGUUACUAAAUAAAAUUAAAAUAUUUAGCAGCGCUGAAUGUGGCAGUAGGACAAUUUUAGCACCACAUUUUCAUAUAUAAAAGGUACUUGCCUUGUAAUCACUGUGUAAUACUUUAACAAUUGUAUUAAAAUAAGUGUAAAUGGAAAGCCCCAGGGAGACAACAUUUAUGACUGUAUUGUACAUAGAAUUUUAAUUGUUUAUAGCAGAACUAGUAACAAAGUACAAACUGUGAUGCACUUGUUCUUGUCAAUAAUUAAAAUGUUUUUGUUCUGUUGUAACCCACAUUAAUUCUUUUAGUUACCCUUUGUUAGAGGUUACAUGAACAUGGAUCUUAUCUGCCAUUGUCUAUAGUCCAUUUAUAUGUGCAAUAAGUCAAUGUACUAAGAAAAUACAUUGAACCAGAAAGAUGACCACGUCAUAUUGGGAACUGAAUAGCUUUCUGUAAAUAACAGUUUUAAAUAACCCCUAAAUCCCUUACUUUAAAUUAUCUAAAUGCAACAGUUAUCAAACUCACCUAUGUCAGCAAUUAUACAAAAGCCUCCUCUGACCCAGCUUUUGUCAACUUCACCCCUGCAUGAAAAGGGGGCACAGUUGCCAUGCCAACCCAUACAACAUUGCACAUAACUGGUCACUGAGCCAGAAAACACAUCUUUGGGAGGAAGAAAAAAAGCUCCCCUUCCAAUCUUUUGACACCAAGUUUCUAAUUUUUAUGGAUUAAACUAUAUAUAAGCACUGGAA